AUGGCCGAAACCCACCACCUCGGCCAGAGGCUUUCCUAUGAUGGCGCCCUGUGCACCGUUCGUUAUAUUGGUGAGGUUGUCGGUACGACUGGCACCUGGCUCGGUGUAGAAUGGGACGACCCCUCGCGCGGAAAGCACGACGGACACCACAAGGGCGCCCGCUACUUCGACUGCCUCUCACGAUCGCGCUCUGCCGCCUCCUUCGUCCGGCCUUCCCGCCGCGCCGACAAGCCACAGAGUUUCGUCUCUGCGCUGCUCGAGAAGUAUGCCACGGUGCCCAUCGGCGAUGGAUCCAACGUGACUUCGCCAUCGCGCAACCCGGAGAUCGAUAUCAUCUUCUUCGGGAAAAAGGUUGCUGAAGAGGUGGGAUUCGACAAGAUCCGGCGACAGCUGUCAAAGGUUGAGGACCUGAGGAUCGUCAUCCUGGAUGGCAUGAGGAUUGCGUGGGACGUCAUGUUCGAGGAUGGCGGUCGCGGAGUCAAAGACACCAGCCCUUUGAUUUUCGAGCUGGAUCUGAGUAGGAACUUGUUUGAGAGUUUUGGGACGGUCGUCAGGAUCUGUCGAGAGUUGGAGGGGCUGAAGAGUCUGCGGCUCAACGGCAACCGGUUUCAGAUCAUCCACCCAGAGUCGGAACCUACGACCAGGAGUGCCCUCGAAGCCUUCAAGGAAGUCAAGGAGCUCGAGCUUGAAGAAACCCUGCUUUCCUGGGAGAGCAUCUGCGAGAUCGCAUCGAAUUUUCCAGUCCUCGACCGGCUCAGUGGCAGCCUCAACCAUUUCACUUCAAUUCCCGAGGCCAAUCUUUCUACCUUGGCGUCGACUUUGACGACCGUUGACCUUGAAUACAAUGAAUUUACAUCCCUCGCAGACAUUGCUCCCCUCGCCUCCCUUAAAGCCCUCCGAAUCCUACAUCUCAAGGGCAACAGCAUUUCCGCCAUCCGAUCGCACCCGGACGCGCCUCCGCCCAUCUUCGCGCCGUCCCUCACCUACAUUGAUGUCUCUUACAACGCCAUCUCCUCCUGGUCCUUCAUCGACGCCCUGCCGACAUCCGCACCGAGUCUCACAGCCCUCCGCCUCUCCAACAACCCCCUCUGGGCGAACCCCGUUCCCGGCGCCGCGCGCCCUGCAGGAGACGACCAAGACGCCGCUGCCAGGACAACGGACGAGGCGCACAUGAUCACCACGGCCCGCCUUCCCUCGCUCAAGACGCUCAACUUCGCCACCAUCACGCCUCAGGACAGGACGAACGCGGAGCUCUUCUACCUCUCCCGCAUCGCGAAGCAGCUCGCCGCUGCGCCGGAGGAGGACGAGGCGCGCGUGCUGGAGCAGCACCCGCUGUAUGCGGCGCUGUGCGCCUCCUACGGCGAGCCCGACAUUGUGCGCCGCGAUGAGGUGGACCCGUCCUUCCUGGAGGCGAGGCUCGUGCGCGUGCAGUUUGUACCCGGGGCUGGCGUGGCGGCGCAGGAGACGGAGACGGAGAUUCCCAAGUCGUUUGAUGUGUACGCUGUCAAGGCGAUUGCGGGCCGGAUGUUUGCAAUGCCGCCGCUGGCGAUCAGGCUUGUGUGGGAGACGGGGGAGUGGGAUCCUGUAGGCGGGUUUGACGAGGAGCUCGGCGAUAGCAGUGAUGAGGAGGGCGAGGGCUUGGAGGCCGACCUGACGGUGGAGAUUGAGGCGGCCAAGGGGUUUGGAGAGGAUGUUGAGCUGAGGAAGGGGGGCCGGUGGGUGAAGAGAGAGGUGGAGCUUGCGGACGGGCCCCGGCAGUUGGGAUUCUGUGUUGAUGGGCUGUCAGCAAGGAUACGGGUGGAAACCCGGCAAUAG